CUGCAGGAACGUCGCCCAUCGCUCGCGCGUCUGGUUUGGAUCACAAGCCCCCGUGAGUGGGGAGCUGGGACCAGCCACUCACACUGACGGCUCCGACUUGGAGCAAGUUUGCGGCCGCCAUGCCGACACACCGUGAAACGCAGCGAGGGCUGGAGCUGCAUCUGCUGCUGCUUGGCGGCUUGGCGUGCCUUGUGGUCCCAUGGGGUGCAGUGGCAGUACGACUGCACCCGAGAGAUGCCACGAGUCUCGCCUUGCUGGCCAGCGAGUGGAAUGGCUUCAACGGCAGCGAAACGUGGGGGUUGCGCGACGUGGACUGCACUGCAAUGGAGGGCGUCUUCUGCGAUAAGGAUGGGUUCGUCGCUGCCAUAAUGCUUAAACUGAAGAACUUUGGAGCGCCAAUACCCGACAUGAUCAGCCGAUUCCAGCGCCUCAACACCCUGUCAGCUCUUGCUGCUUCAAUAUUCGCCAUGAGCAGCAUCCCUUUAUGUCAAGCACUUGUGCUACCGCUUUGUACUUUUUUCGCCUUGCUUUCUUGGGUGAGGCUAGAGCUGAGUAGCACGGCCGCUCAGGAUAUGAUGCCCUUGCUUUGCAUAGGCGUGUGGUGACAGUUUUUCUCGAUUAUGAAUGAACGCCAGUUAUGACUGCAUUGCUUUUGCCAACUUGCCACGAAUGAUAUACCAGCUUGUGGGUUUCGUUUUUCCUCUUUAACCAACCCCCCUGUGGCCCCGUGGAUGGGGGUAGAGUGGCGGAUUCACGAGGGCAGGCUGGCUGGCAGCAGCCAUCUGCUGGGAUCAUGGUCUCAGGUGUGCUCAGGAGCAUGCCUUACAUGGGUGGGAGGCAAGGAGGAGCUGAUGUAAAGGCGGUGCUCUCCACGGUUCGGACCCCACCCACCCAAUCUGGCCAGCUCCUCAGCCCUCCCCUCUAACCUUAACUUUCCCUACCCUCACUCCCAGCCUUUCUCACUGAACGCCGAUUUCCCUCCAAUUGCUGGCCCCUUGCCUCAUCUCUCAGAUUGCUUCUCGUGUGCGAAGUCACAGGUACCAUCCCUGAUGCCCUCUUCAGCCUGGAGCAACUGAACAUUCUGUAA